AUAUUGUCAGUUUUUAUUAUCCAAGCGGGUUGUGUACAAAGUCUUUUUAAGUCUCCUUCAAACUAUAUAAAGUCUAUGUAAAAAAUGUACAAUUCCCAUUAUCAGAAUUACUUAUUGUCCUUUGCAUUAGUUUGCUUUUGUACGGCCGUAACGCCAUCAAAUAUAUUGGUGGUCUCACCGGUGCCAAGUGAUUCACAUUUUAAAAUAAGCGAAGCAAUAACAGUAGGACUAGCAAAUGUCGGACACACUGUCACCAUUGUUUCUGCUUAUGAUUACAAGCCACAAAACAUGUCUAAGGUUCAAUCGAUUCAAGUGACUGGUGCUGUUCAAUGGGCAGAAGAAUUCAAAGCCAAGGAUCUAGGCGCAUUUGAGAAGUCGCCGGUCGAUACCAUGGUCUCAAUGUUAUUUUCCGGCGGUUGGGAUUUAUGCAAUCUUACGUUAACCGAUCCAGCUGUGAGAGCCUUAUUUAACCAUACCUACGACUUGGUUAUCGUUGAUAUUUUCGGCACCGAAUCUUUGAUAGUAUUGGGUCAAAUAUUUAACGCACCAGUCGUUGGUUUCUCAGCAUACAGUACGGCAAAAUGGACAAAUCUGCUCCCAGUGUCAUACAAGUUGAACUUUUCGAACAGAGUAGCUUCAUUGUUUCAUCGUAUACAUUACAGUAUAUUCCAUAUGUACGAAUCAAUUACGUUAGCAUACUUGCACCAUCCAUUACAGCGUUCCGUGUACAUUAAUGCAUUUCCGAAUGUUAAAUUAUCAUAUGAUGACGCUAGAAAUAAUGUUGCGAUAACAUUUGUGAGCUCACAUUCCUCUUUGACCGAGCCAACGACCAAAGUACCGAAUGUAAUUGAAAUCGGUGGAAUCCACGUCGAAUGGAACGGGUUUAAAAGACCAGAACGUCCAUUAUCUCAGGAUAUCAAACAAUUCAUUGACACAGCCACUGAUGGUGUUGUGUACCUUUCAUUCGGUUCCAUUUCGAAAGGUAAAGAACUUCCAACGAAUAAACGAGACACUUUCAUCAACACCUUUGCCAAGCAUAAGCAAAAGUUCAUUUGGAAAUUUAGCGAACCUACAGUAAAAAUGCCGGAAAAUGUUUUAGCUAAGAGUUGGUUUCCACAAGCAGAUAUUCUUGGGCAUAUGAAUGUGAAGGCAUUUAUAUCAGACGGUGAUUUGUUGGAUUGUAUUGAAGCUGUUUAUCACGGUGUACCUAUCCUAGGAAUACCUCUCUUCAUCGACCAAAUAAGAAAUGUUAAACGAGCCUCGGAAACUGGGUGGGCUGUGACACUGGAUUACAGCAAUAUCACUGCAAUUUCUGUCGAGUGGGCUUUGAAUGAAAUUUUACAAGACAAAUAUUUGGAAAAAGCUCAAUCAGUGUCAAAACAUUAUCGUGACCAGCCGAUGACCCCAAUGAACACCAUGGUUUAUUGGUCGGAAUAUGUGAUUCGGCACAGAGGAGCACCUCAUUUGCGUGCACCGCGUAUCGACUUGAACUAUAUCCAAUACCAUAAUGUCGAUGUUUUCGUGGCAAUAUUUUGUUUCAUUAUGCUUUAUGUAUAUGCGGUGAAAUGGACGAUGCACAAAGUUUUCUGGCAAAAGUCUAGACUACGAGUGAAAGUGGAAAGAAAAGAGCAAUAAAAAGAUACAUUUGAAAGUUGCAAUAAGCAAAAGAUACGAGGAGGGCAUCAUAAUCAUUGGAAUGAUAAGAAAUAUAGCGAUUUACGUUCGCUGAAUCAUUGUAGGUAAAAUGAAUUUUGGAAAAGUUUUUUUUUAUUUUGAAAAUAAUAACGACAGAAAAGAGGUGUCUUUAGCAGACACCCAACCUUGAAUUGUGUACUGAGUAAAUAUUUUUUUUAUCCCCAUCAACAAAGAACGCUGACACUUUUGAAGAUAUA